AGUAGGACCCAGGGGCGGGAGAGCGCCCGCAGAGGGAGGGGGCAGGGGCCGGGGAGAUUUAGGGGAGGUCUUUGGCUUUUUUUGGCGGAGCUGGGGCGCCCUCCGGAAGCCUUUCCAACUUUCCAGAAGUUUCUCGGGACAGGCGGGAGGGGGUGGGACCGCCAUAUAUAGAUCCCGGGAGCGGGCGGGCGAGCGGAGAGUGGAAUCGGUUCGCGCGGCUCGAGAGCGACGGUCCCGUCCGGCGCCAGCCCGCCCGGCGCAGAAUGAAAAAGGCAGGCAUUGACCUCCCUCUGAGGCAGUUUCCAGCCCUCACAGGUCCACUGUGGUGCACGAAACCCGCCUCCCAGCCAUGCACUCCCUGCCGCUCCUCAGCGCCUUCUGCCUCCUGGCCCUGGCCCUGGCGGCCGAGGUGAAGAAACCUGCAGCCGCGGCAGCCCCUGGCACCUCGGAGAAGCUGAGCCCCAAAGCAACCACGCUGGCCGAGAGCAGCGCCGGCCUGGCCUUCAGCCUGUACCAGGCCAUGGCCAAGGACCAGGCGGUGGAGAACAUCCUGCUGUCACCUGUGGUGGUGGCCUCGUCGCUGGGGCUCGUGUCGCUGGGCGGCAAGGCGGCCACGGCGUCGCAGGCCAAGGCGGUGCUGAGCGCCGAGCAGCUGCGCGACGAGGAGGUGCACACGGGCCUGGGCGAGCUGCUGCGCUCGCUCAGCAACUCCACGGCGCGCAACGUGACCUGGAAGCUGGGCAGCCGCCUGUACGGGCCCAGCUCCGUGAGCUUCGCCGACGACUUCGUGCGCAGCAGCAAGCAGCACUACAACUGUGAGCACUCCAAGAUCAACUUCCGCGACAAGCGCAGCGCGCUGCAGUCCAUCAACGAGUGGGCCUCGCAGACCACCGACGGCAAGCUGCCCGAGGUCACCAAGGACGUGGAGCGCACCGACGGCGCCCUGCUCGUCAACGCCAUGUUCUUCAAGCCACACUGGGAUGAGAGGUUCCACCACAAGAUGGUGGACAACCGCGGCUUCAUGGUGACUCGUUCCUAUACCGUGGGCGUCAUGAUGAUGCACAGGACAGGCCUCUACAACUACUAUGACGACGAGAAGGAAAAGCUGCAAAUCGUGGAGAUGCCCCUGGCCCACAAGCUCUCCAGCCUCAUCAUCCUCAUGCCUCACCACGUGGAGCCCCUCGAGCGCCUGGAAAAGCUGCUGACCAAGGAGCAGCUGAAGGCCUGGAUGGGGAAGAUGCAGAAGAAGGCUGUCGCCAUCUCACUGCCCAAGGGUGUGGUGGAGGUGACCCACGACCUGCAGAAACACCUGGCUGGGCUGGGCCUGACCGAGGCCAUCGACAAGAACAAGGCAGACUUGUCGCGCAUGUCGGGCAAGAAGGACCUGUACCUGGCCAGCGUGUUCCACGCCACCGCCUUCGAGUGGGACACAGAGGGCAACCCCUUUGACCAGGACAUCUACGGGCGCGAGGAGCUGCGCAGCCCCAAGCUGUUCUACGCCGACCACCCCUUCAUCUUCCUGGUGCGAGACACCCAGAGCAGCUCCCUGCUGUUCAUCGGGCGCCUGGUCCGGCCCAAGGGCGACAAGAUGCGAGACGAGUUGUAGGGCCUCAGGGCCGGCAUGGGAUGGCAGGAGGCAGCCGAAGGCUCCUGAGACAUCAUGGGUGCUAUUGGGGAGGGGGAAGCUGAGGUACCAGCCUCGGGUAUUCCAGGGGGUGGGGGUGGAGAAACAGACUAGAGUUCCCGUGUGUAUGCGCACACCUUCCCCGCUGAAAUUCACUCCACUGGGACAUGGCCCCCGGGGAUCGUGAUGCUGAGCCCGGAGAGGCCACAGCCUGUGGGAUGUGGGUGGCAGUUGUCCUGCCUGCCCUCGAAGUCCUAGGUCAGGCCGCCUCAAUCAGUGUUCGUAUUUAUAGCCACGUGCCUUCUCAGCUGCGAGAGGGGACCUAGCUGGGGGUUCAGGCUGGCCUCUUCUCCUGACACUGCCACCACCUCAGCCCCCUCCCCGGCUCUACCCAACCUCUCACGACUUCCCUCAACUACAGAACUAGGUGCUGCAGCCCUGGGACCAGGCACCCCAGAGUGACCCUGGCCCCAGUGAGGGGCAUCGGGAAGAGCUCGCAGCAGGGGCUGCAGGCCAGACUCUGGUCAACAGCAUCGCAUCAGACAUCACGGGGGUGAACUUUUUGUUUUUUUGUUUUUUCCUUCUUUAGUUUUUCAAAGAUGGGGAGGGAAGGGGAAACAUGAGCCUUUGUUGCGGUCAAAUUGAGAACUUAUUUGUACAAUUUUUUUCAAUAAAAUUUUUUCCAAUGAAA